AUGUUUGCAGAUGAUAUCUUGGUGUUAUUUCCACUUUUGGCGCGUUUAGCUCGCAGCGCCCGAUUUGACUACCGAUUUGGAGUUUGCUGUCGCUUUUCAGAUUUAGUUAGCAUUUUCUUUAGCUCUCCGUUCUUCUCUCUUAGAUUACUUUUCUCUCUUUUUUUUUUAACCUUUUUCCCUCUCUUUCACUCUUUUGCACGCUUUUCUUUUUCUUUCAUUAUCUCGUUCUUUUUUUUUUUUGAUUAUUUUUCCACUCUGUAUUUCAUGCAGUCUCUCUUUUUCUUUAUUUUCUUCUUCAUCUCAUUUCCUUUUUUUCGCCUUUCUCUCUCCCCCACUUUUGACCAGUUUCUUUCCUUAUCUUUUAAGCCAUUUUUCUUUCUUUCACAGUCUUUGCACCAGUUUCUUUCUUUCUUUUUUUCUUUCUUUCUUUCUUUCUCAUUAACAUAUCUCCUGAUCUUCCUCUUUUUGUUCUUUUUUAUUCCCCCUUCAGAGUCCGCUUUCUUUCUUUCUUUCUUUCUUUCUUUCUUUCUCAUUAACAUAUCUCCUGAUCUUCCUCUUUUUGUUCUUUUUUAUUCCCCCUUCAGAGCUCGCUUUCUUUCUUUCUUUCUUUCUUUCUUUCUUUCUUUCUCAUUAACAUAUCUCCAGAUCUUCCUGUUUUUGUUCUUUUUUAUUCCCUCUUCAGAGUUCGCAUUCUUUCUUUCUUUCUUUCUUUCUUUCUUUCUCAUUAACAUAUCUCCUGAUCUUCCUCUUUUUGUUCUUUUUUAUUCCCUCUUCAGAGUUCGCUUUCUUUCUUUCUUUCUUUCUUUCUUUCUCAUUAACAUAUCUCCUGAUCUUCCUCUUUUGUUCUUUUUUUUCCCCUUCAGAGCUCGCUUUCUUCCUUUCCCUCUUUCUUUCUUUCUUUCUUUCUCAUUAACAUAUCUCCUGAUCUUCCUCUUUUUGUUCUUUUUUAUUCCCCCUUCAGAGCUCGCUUUCUUCCUUUCCCUCUUUCUUUCUUUCUUUCUUUCUUUCUCAUUAACAUAUCUCCAGAUCUUCCUCUUUUUGUUCUUUUUUAUUCCCCCUUCAGAGUUCGCUUUCUUUCUUUCUUUCUUUCUUUCUUUCUUUCUUUCUUUCUUUCUUUCUUUCUUUCUUUCUUUCUCAUUAACAUAUCUCCAGAUCUUCCUCUUUUUGUUCUUUUUUAUUCCCCCUUCAGAGUUCGCUUUCUUUCUUUCUUUCUUUCUUUCUUUCUCAUUAACAUAUCUCCAGAUCUUCCUGUUUUUGUUCUUUUUUAUUCCCUCUUCAGAGUUCGCAUUCUUUCUUUCUUUCUUUCUUUCUUUCUUUCUUUCUCUCUUUCUCAUUAACAUAUCUCCUGAUCUUCCUCUUUUUGUUCUUUUUUAUUCCCCCUUCAGAGUUCGCUUUCUUUCUUUCUUUCUUUCUUUCUUUCUUUCUUUCUUUCUUUCUUUCUUUCUUUCUUUCUCAUUAACAUAUCUCCUGAUCUUCCUCUUUUUGUUCUUUUUUAUUCCCUCUUCAGAAGCUCGCUUUCUUCCUUUCCCUCUUUCUUUCUUUCUUUCUUUCAUUAACAUAUCUCCAGAUCUUCCUCUUUUUGUUCUUUUUUAUUCCCCCUUCAGAGUUCGCUUUCUUUCUUUCUUUCUUUCUUUCUUUCUUUCUUUCUUUCUUUCUUUCUCAUUAACAUAUCUCCAGAUCUUCCUCUUUUUGUUCUUUUUUAUUCCCUCUUCAUUCGCUUUCUUUCUUUCUUUCUUUCUUUCUUUCUUUCUUUCUUUCUUUCUUUCUUUCUCUUUUAAAUCGUUUGUUUUUUCUUUCUUUCACUCCAUUUCUUCUUUCUUUCUUUCUUUCUUUCUUUCUUUCUUUAUUUCUUUCUCUUUUGAACAAUUUUCUUUCUUUCUUUCUUAA